UUACUAUCUUCUCUUCAGUGCAGUUCAUAAUUACCUACCUCUAUUUCUCUGCAGGCACUGCCUAUGUGCUGUCAUGCUAUUUCACCAACUGGGCUCAAUACAGGCCAGGCUCGGGGCGCUUUACAGUUGACAACAUCGACCCAUGUCUCUGUGACCAUCUGAUCUAUGCCUUCGCUGGGAUGUCCAACAAUGAGAUCACAACCAUUGAAUGGAAUGAUGAGACCCUCUACAAAUCCUUCAAUGGACUGAAAAACCAGAAUGGAAAUCUCAAGACUCUCCUGGCAAUUGGAGGAUGGAAUUUUGGGACAGCCAAGUAAGUUCCCACUUCCCAUAACGGCACACUGGAAAGGGAGGGGAAGGGGAAAAGAGGCACCAGCCAAGCCCCAAUUCUGCCCUUCUUUGCUUCCCUAGGUUCUCCACAAUGGUUUCCACU